AUGCAUGCUGCAUGCUUGUGCUUAGGACCUAAUGAGGUAUGUGCACAGUUACCAAAGCUACUUGUGGAACCAUGCAUCAAGCGAGAGAGUGCAAAAAUAUGGUAUGCUGUUGUAUUUUCUGAUGUUAUUUUUCUGUGUUCUCUUGUGUGCAUAGUGAAUAAAGCAUAUGAUUUGCAUGUGGCAGGAACUGACCAAGUUGUUUUGGGGGACUUGGUGUAUUGUAAAGGAGAUAAUACUGAAAAGGAGACAGCUGGAGUUAAUUCUGAAUGUGACAACAACAACGGUGACGAUACAUAUGAUUGUAGUCAUUUAGAUGAAGCCUCUGGAAUUGAUCUUCCUGAAAAGAAAAAUACCCUUGUGAAGGUAGUAACCACAGAAGAUAUCUCAACUGGAAACUAUACUGUUGAUGAUGUUGUCCUUCCUAUGCCUGGAUCUAGGGUUAUCUUUCCAACAAAUGAAAUUGCCAAAGUUUAUCAUGAUUUGGCAAAGAAGGAUGGUAUCAAUUUGACUGAAAGCGUUCAUGGUGUCAAGGAAUUUUCCAUAACCAGUAUGACUGGAAGUUAUAGGCGUGUUUUUCAGAAGGCACUGGACUUUGAAUGGGAAUUACUUACAUAUAAUGACAGUAAUAAACCAUUGGCAGAGACAGAUCUGGAUAAAAUUUCCAAGGUUAGAUCAAUGAACAUAAUCAAACAAGAGGAACAAUGCAAGGGAGACGAGGACAAAAUUUCAUCUGAUUGCACAAAACGAUCAGUGAGCUCUUAUAAUGGUAUAGGUCUACCAGCAGACACCAAUGGGUUGGAGGGUGAGAGAGAAGUUGAAACCCAGAUGGCUCUCAAGUUAAGCCUCACACUUCCAUCUUCAUGCUAUGCAACAAUGGCCAUAAGAGAGCUGCUUAAAACAUCAACAUCUGUAUGUUGCAUACCACAAAACACUGAACCAGUGAGUAAGUCACGGCUCAAAAGAUAUGCAGUGUUGAGGACUGGGAAUUUACUUUCUGGGAAACUGAAUAUACUUAUUUAUAAAGCAAACAAGUAUCAGAUGGGAUUUCAACUUAUUCUUGGAACAGCACAGGUUUAA